GCGUUUUUGCGAAUCCACAUCGUCAAAAUCUUGACACGUCGCGGCUACGUUUCUCAUUGCACUAGGCCGCUUUUCGAUACCAUUUCCAGCACGAUUGAGACGUCUUUCGCAAAACCAGGCGCACCAAAGUGUUCAGUUUGUGUUCCCGUGCAAAUAGUACAGUUUAAAACUAGCAGGUGAAGAUGGUCGACAGUAAAAAGCCUUGGUUUACAAAGGAGGAAGAGCUGUUGCUGCAGGACUUCAGCCGGAACGUGAGCACCAAGUCGAACGCCUUGUUCUACGGAAAUGCCUUCAUCAUUUCGGCUGUUCCGAUUUGGCUUUUCUGGAGAGUACAUCAGAUGGAACUGCUCUCGUCGGUUAUAUUUUUCGCCAUCGUGACAGGCCUGUGCACCUAUCUGAUGGCGAUGGCUUACCGGAACACCAAGUACGCGAUUAAGCAUAAGAUUGCUAACAAGCGCGAGGAUGCCGUUAACCGUGAAAUGACCGCUCUGCUGUCUGACGAUAAGAAAAUCAGCCGCAAAGAAAAAGACGAGCGUUUCCUGUGGAAGAGAAAUGACGUCGCCGAGUACGAGGCAACCACUUUCUCGAUCUUCUACAAUAACGCGCUCUUCCUGGCGGUGGUUAUCUUCGCGAGCUUCUACCUGCUGCGUUCGUUCACGCCUACCUUCAACUACAUACUAUCGGUGGCCGGUGCCGGAGGAUUAAUGGCUCUUCUGUCUACUGGAAAGUCAUCGUAAGCUAAGAUCUCGUAGCAGGAUCACCUAUAGAACCAGUUCUGUUUUUUUCUUACUCGUUUGCUGUAGAAUUCAAGACUUACGCAUUUAGGAUAAGCAGACAGAAUUCACCGGCAGUUUAGAUUAGCAAUCAUUCAUUUACAAAUGUUUUCAUCGUUGAGGGUUUUUCGAAUUUUGCAGAGAAGUCCUAACAUGUGGAAUGCAAAUUUCGGCAUUUAGAAUCGCUCGCAAUAAACGGUAUAUUGUGAAACAAAUA